CCCAAACUGAAACUGAAACUGAAACUGAGUAGAGUGGAUUGUUCAACUGUUGCGUUAUAUAUGUAUAGUCCAUCUGAGGUUGUCGCUAAGUGACCUCUAAGACAUGGUCCCAUCAAAAAAUGACAUAAAAUUCACAUGGCUUGCAGCUUGUUUUGUCAGUUUAUAUGGUCUAGGAUCAUGGAUUGUUGUUAAUGGAUUGUGGGUUGAACUACCGUUAUUGAUCAAUGUUCUACCAGAAGGUUGGAGUUUGCCUGCUUACCUGAUAAUCAUUAUACAAAUAGCAAAUGUGGGACCAAUGAUCUAUGUUCCGUUGACAAAAUUUUUCCAAGCUAAAACAAAUGGAUUUUGUUCACGUUGUUUACAACCACCUGAAAGGAUAGCCAACUAUUUAAUACUCGCCGUCGGUCUAAUAUCAUGCAUAUUGAUUUCGCAGUUUUGGGACUCGGUAGCUUAUGUAUCAAUAUUAAAACCCGGUUACCAUAGUAUUGGAUUAUUUGUUUUAGCUUUGUUUGCUUCAAUUGUCGAUUGUACAUCAUCGGUUACAUUUAUUACCUAUUUGAAUGGAAUGCCUCAAUUGUAUGUAGGUGCAUUACAUUUCGGUGAAGCAUUUAGUGAUUUAGUUCCAAGUAUAUUAGCCCUUAUUCAAGGAGUUGGGUCAGAACCGGAAUGUAUCAAUAAAACAGUUAAUGAUACACUUCAUGUGGUCCCUUUUUAUCCACCACCACGUUUCUCUGUCAGUACAUUCAUAUAUCUAUUAUGUAUUGUUUUGUUGUUAUCUUUAACUGCAUUCACAUUAUUGGAUUGUUCACCUAUUGGUUUAGGUCAAGUUAUUCAUGAACAUUAUCGAAAAACUAAUUUCAUAUUAGAAUCUAAUGCAAAUAUUCAUAGCAUAAGUCACAAUAAUCUAGAAAGAUUUAAAUCAAAUAAAGAUCAACAUAUUUCUAAUGAUAUUUUCGAAAACAUUCAAAAUGUUGAUGUUUCUGUGUUGAAUCAUAAUGAACAAGCUGUACAGUCUCAUAAUGAUGUUAAUAUUACAAAACAGCUUGGACCAAACACAUUUUUAUCAUGUUUACUUAUCAUUUACAUUAGUGCAUCAAAUUAUGGAUUUCUACCAGCCAUACAAUCUUAUUCAUGUGCUGCGUAUGGCUCGCUUACAUAUCAUUUAGCAGUUACACUGUCAGGAUCAUUCUCUGCUGCAAUGACAGUGUUAACUACAUUUCUUGUCAAUCAUUAUUCUAGGGAAAUAGAUAGUACUGAUGAAUCAACAUUCGAAAAUUUGCAAACUAUGAACCAUGAAUUAAAUGAACAGAAUCAAAUUUGUUACAUACAAAAACCUGACAUAAUUAUGCAUAAUGCAUAUACGCGUUCACUUCAAAAUAAAUGGAUUAGUAUUUCACUCAUCUCUUUGAUACCUGUUGCUUACGUUAUAUAUUUGGCGAGUUCAAGUCCCAAUCCACCAUAUUUGGGUGGUUUCGGUUCUGCCAGUGCUGUACGUUACGUCUUGGUUUUAUUCUUUUUUUCUGUUUAUUUUAAUGAAUUAUUUUCAAAUUAUAAGGCUUCCCAGUCAUAGUCAAUAAAAAUGUGUUAGUUCUUUAUCAACACCUAGUGUAAUUACAACCUGAUGAAAUACGAGUUAUAUGUAGAUUUGAUUUUUAUCCUCAAUUGUGAAAAAUGGAUAGAAAUUAAAUAUCUAGAUUAUUGAAAAAUCUCGUUCCACCUAUAUCAGUUUAGGCAACCGGAUAGCAGCAUUAACCCCUCAUACUUAGUGUGACUUCUACUAAAAUACCUGGUGAGUGGGUUCAUUUACUUUAUUUGUAGAAAAGACUAGAAAUCUAAUCAUAUUUAUUAAGAUCUCAGUGAUUGAAUCCAAAUAAUUUCUUCGCUUAAUGAUAAAUAGAAUCACAAAGAUAAAUCUGUACCAAAUAAUUAACUAGUCAUCUUCAUAUAUCGAAUCUUUUUGUUGGAGUUUCGUUCUCUGAGCUGAAUGGUUUGGUCGUGGAGCUUUCCUUUUUCUUCUGAACAAUAUAAUCAGCUCAAACUUUAGGUAGAAGUGAAGUAUUGAAUCUUUUUGAUGUGAAGAUGUUAUCUAAGAAACGCAUCGCUGGUCCGAACUGCUCUGUUUCAAUCACUUAGAUUCCUACAAAUAUAAUUUCAUUCCUAAUAACCAACAAAUACCACUUGUACUUAAUAAUUUCGAUAAAUGUCUAUGCUUGCUUAGUACAAAACAAUAUUUUACCAUUUAUUUGAUCACUAUAUUAUGCGACCUUAUUUUUUCGUAUACUCAUUCUCUAUCCAUGAUUGAACGUAGCUCAUUUCUGUUAAUGUCACGACCAAUUUAAUAUCAAACGGAAACACAUUUUAUGAUGCAUCGAGUUUUUUGGUGAAUUUUAACGUAUAAUAGGACUUUUUGCAAUGGGUGGUUAAUUCUUUUUUAUCUUAUCUGUCAAUCAAUACAUCCAUGUAUGCAUAUCGAUUGUUGGUGUUGGACUAUGAAAUUGUUGUUCUAAUUCAUCUAAAUGGCCUGUUUUAAUGAUUGACUGUAAGACAAAAGUCGUUUUUCGAAAUGUCAAGAAGAUAAAAGAAAGCUUGAUUAUGUGAUGAUGGUGACAGUGCGAUUAAUGGAAGUUUGAGUUCAAAUAGGAAGAAUUGAACCUCAGGGUGUUCGGAUGAAAACGUUAUAUUAAUCUACAGGAACUGUUGGUUUUGUUAUUAGAGUUCUUGAGAAUCCGGAAAUCUACUUUUGAGACUAGGGUUAAAAUUAUUAAGAACUUUUUAGUAUCAGUGCAAUUAUGUUAAUAACUGAUCUACUCGUAAGUUCUGAGCAUAUAUAUUAUUAAUUUGUUUUUUUCUAGUUUAUUAUUGUUACCGCUAUUAUCAUCUUAACCCGUUUGCUUAACUUAUCUAUACUGUUUGAAGUGGGGCCACUUUGAUCAAUCCUUAACUGCCUGACUCUCUGUAAUAUUACUGGUUAGAGUAUCUGUUCCAUUAUCAAUGUAGUUAGGGAUGCUUGGUGAUACGGGACAUCACUUGGUCGUGAACACUAAGCUAUCAAAUAACUAAGGAUUGUUCCUAUAAUUUGAUCAAACGUGCAAAAUACUGUAAUACAUAAGUGAUUUUUACACUAGAUUAUUUAUUGUCUUCUAAAUCCUAUAGAUCCUGGCUUGGAUUGCGAUACGCUGUUUAUUUGCCAGUUUGCGCACAUGGAUAUGGAUGAGUUUGUCUAGCCAUUCCCAUAGACCAACGCGACUCAGAUUAGCUGGGUUAUCUACACAAUUCGGAGCAGCACUCGGUGCAAUUUUAGGCUUCAUAUUAGUUGUUUAUUUUCAGCUAUUUAAAAAUAAACUACCUUGUCUUCAAGUGUAAUUUUUAUUGAAACUCAUGUAAUAAUGUCUUUCAUACUUCAACAUAUUUAUGUAUAGAUCAUAUUUCAGAAAUGGCAAAAAUACAUUAUUGUUGAUUACUUAGCUAGUAUUAAAGACUAAUUUCUGUGUAUUUAUGAAUACUAAUUUAUUGUGGGUAUCUUAUAAUAUUUUCGUAAUUAUAUACUGUUUAUCUGUGACGAUUUGUCAUUUUUCAGGGCUUGAUUUUGCAACUACAAAGCAGUAAAUUUAUUGGUCAACAUGUUAGCUGUUGAAUUUUGUUCACGAAAAGAUUUGACGGUCAUUCUGAAAAUUAGCUACAGGUUUGUAUGAAAUUCGGGCAAUGAUUUGAAGAUAAAUUUCAGAGGUGAAAGUAGGUAGCCGCAAACAAACAAUUGUCCAGUAAGCAUAGUAAGGAAACAUGAGCUACUUAUGAUAAUAUUUAUUCACAAGUUGAAUGAGGAAUUAAUAUAUAACGAACAAUGUUGUGAGCAAAGGUGGAUGGUGGCUAGCAGUGGGAUCCAGGACGCGCAUUCCUUCCUACUUCGGACCCGUUAGUUGGAUGGACCUGCAUUUCAGCGUUGAUGAUCGUUCUAGGACUCGAACUCAACACCGUUCCCUUCAAGCGCCAUCGUGUUAUCCACUUUACUGCUCAGCUCUCAUAGCCACUAGCUUGUGAAAUGGGUUGAGUUUUCAAUUCAAUUUUGUAUUCGUACAGGAUACACAUGUGCCAAUAAUUGGCUGAUCAAUUGCAGUCCUAAACAUCGAUGGAAAGAUUCAAUUAAAGAAUAAAAAAUAAAUUGAAGCAAUGCUGUGUUGAUGUUUACGAACAAAUGAAGACGAGUGUAGCAGCAGCCCCUGCAUCAGUAGGCCUUAGUAUACACAAGGGAAAAAGCAAGAUCUUGAAAUACAACACGGAAAGCAUCAACCCAAUCACACUUGAUGGAGAAACUCUGGGAGAGGUGGAAACUUUCACGUACCU